AUGCAGAGGCCUUAUCCUCCCAUCUAUCACACUCCACAAUCCAACUCUCCUGCUUCAGUGACAUCGCCCCAGACGCAUGAUCCCGCCAGGCCAAUGUAUGGCCAACCGGGCUCGCAACUGAGCCAGCCGACGCUAUAUGGCUAUCAAUAUGGGAUGAACGCUGUGCACCAGCCCAACUAUGGACAACACCAUCAACAAGCACAGCAACAUCCGAUGAAUUCCCAGUCGAUGCUAGCUUCCUAUCAAUCCGCGGCCCCUCAGAUGCCUCAAGCCCAAGUCAACUCGCACCACCCCGCCGUUUCGAGUAGUCCGAGGUUGAAGUCUGAACAGAAUCAACACUAUCAACUCAAAUCCGAGCAGAGUCAACUCAAGUAUGAGCAGAGCCAGGCCUAUCAGCAUGCCCCUCAAUCCCGAGGCGGAAUGCUGCAACAACAGCAACAGCAUCCUACUCCGAUUCCGCAACCGACGUCCUUGCCACAGCAACAACAACCACAGCAGCCGCCGCAACAACAGCCGCAGCAGGUGCCCCAAGUCCAACAACAGUCGCAGCAGCAGCAGCAACCACAACAGCAGCAGCAACAGCAAAAUCCAAAUCUACCGCCCGGCUCGAAUGCCGCUCCUGGGCCGAUUCCCGCAACAACGCCUUUGGUGGUACGGCAAGAUGGGAACGGUGUCCAGUGGAUUGCUUUCGAGUACUCCAGAGACCGUGUCAAGAUGGAAUAUACUAUCCGGUGUGAUGUUGAGUCUGUUGAUGCCAACGCCCUGUCACAAGAGUUCAAGUCGGAAAACUGUGUAUAUCCCCGGGCUUGUGUGCCGAAAGAACAGUACAAGGGUAAUCGAUUGAACUACGAGACAGAUUGCAACCAGGUGGGCUGGGCGCUGGCGCAGCUUAAUCCAUGUCUUCGGGGCAAGAGAGGUUUGAUACAGAGGGCAGUGGACAGCUGGAGGAACAGCAACCAAGAUCCGCGACUGAGAAGUCGUCGUGUCAGGCGACAAGCAAAGAUGAAUAACAGGUCAAAACUAACGGCUUCAGCUUCGGUCCAAGCACCUGGGUCAGGGGGCCAAGUUCCGACAGGGCUUCCUGGUCCAAAUUCAAUGGCGGCUCCCACCACCAGACCAUCCGGCGCCAUGCCAAAUACACAGUCUCAGAUCCUGCACCAUCCGCAGGAUGUGUCUCCUACCGGGCAUGAGAAUGUCGGAGCUCCCACAUACAAUCCCGCACAACAAGCUUACCGACAGAAUUCGGUACCUCAACAUAUGGCAAGUCCAAGCGACUUGCGCCAGAGCCACCACUUCACCGGGUACCCGAGUUAUGCCACUUCGCUGGCUCCUUCGAUGGGACCGUCUAUGGCCCCCGCCAUGCAACCCGGGCUGCAUCAUCUCGGACGGCCUGGCGGGACAGCCGCAAUGGCUUCGAAAGACCACGAUGAGAAGGACGAGGAGGACAACGCUUUGUUCGGUGAGCUGCCCGAGGGCAAGCGACGGAAAUUCAUCCUUGUCGAGGACACCCAGAAGAACGCCCGUGUGAGAGUCAAGGUCACACUGGAUCAGAUCGAGAUGAGCGAGAUUCCCGAUUCUUACCGAAAGCAGAAUUCUGUCUUCCCGCGCGCAUAUUACCCGGUUCAGAUGCAAGCUUCUUCCGAGUCGACACGGGAAGGUCGUUUCGUUGAGGAAGGAGAUGAGGUAGAUGGUGGCGUCCCAACGUUGGGGAAGACAGCUGUUUCCGUCCAGACAUGUGAUGGUGAUGCCGAGGUUAAUGUGCCUCAAAUUUCCAAGAGUAAGCGCAGUCGGGAACAGAAGAUGAAUGAACUUGGAUAUCGCAUGGCUUGGGGACAAGGUCGCGUGUUCUCGGGCCGGCCGAUCUUCCUUGCACGAGCACUUGACUCUUACCGGAGCAAGCAACGAAGUGCUCUCCUUGCUGCUGGUUCAGAACCAUCGACCAUUCCAGCUCACCUCGAAACUCGACCUGGAAAGAGGAAAUGGCUUGAAAGAACAAGAGUCGCAACGCCGGCACCAACACCGCCCAAUCCCACUGCCGACUAA